AUGUUCACCGAACAGCUGUUUACUCUGCUCGCUCUUUCCGCCAGCCUCUUGCCAGCCCUCGCAUCACCAAGCAUCUCAACACGUCAAAGUAUCGACACCUCUGUACACUGCGGUCAAUUUGACAGCACCGUCGUAGGCCCCUACACCCUCUUCCUCGAUCAAUUUGGUUCGGCUGGUGCGACGAGUGGUUCACAGUGUGCACAUGUUACUGCACUUAGCGGAUCGACGAUCAGCUGGGUGACGAAUUGGACGUGGACGGGUGGGAAUGGUGUGAAGAGUUUCUCGAAUAUUAACUUGGAUGCGAAUAUUGGGAGGGAGUUGAGUGAGAUUGAGAGUCUUCAGUCCACGUGGGAAUGGUCGUACGAUAUUACGAGCACCUCCGUCGCAGACGUCGCUUACGACCUGUUCACGUCAACCUCACCAACUGGAGACAACAUCAAUGAAAUAAUGGUCUGGCUCGCAAACAUCAACGCCGGGCCUAUAUCAGCUGUGUUCAACGCACAGGGACAAGCGGUUCCUGCGGUGACGAACAUCAGUCUCGAGGGGCAUACUUGGAAUUUGUUCAUCGGAUCAAACGGUGCAAAUAACGUAUUCUCAUUCUUGCCAACGAGCGGAGAGAUCAUGAGUUUCAGUGCGGAUAUCAACUCGUUCUUGAAGUUCCUUAUAGCGAACGAAAACCUUCCAAGUUCCCAAUUCUUGAAGACAGCUCAAGGCGGUACGGAGGCGACUUCUGGUACUGGAACUCUAACUGUGUAA